CCUUUCCACAGAAUCGCCCGCAUUGGCUGAGCCGAAAACAAAGUGUGGAAAUACGUCUCCCAUUGGCUAAAUUACAGUUUACAAUAGCGCUAGCACAAAUAUUUAGACAGAGAUCCAAUUAAUACAAUGUGAUAUAUGCAAAUAUAUUGUGAGUAGAUCGUUUGAUGCUCAGUUCUCUUUGUGAAAAAAAGUGUAGUUCUUUUCAGCAACAAGUACGCAAACAGACGUCGUGUCGUCAUAGCCAAUGGGAAUGUCGAAAGAUGGCUGGUAGGCGUGAUGGCGUCGGAAGUCUGGCACGUUUUUGUGUCUGACUACUCGACUGGAGAACUUUGUUUUUUUAUUCUCUCGUUGGCAGACAAGAACAUUUGUUAUUUACCGGAAAUGGAGAAAGAGUUGUUUACUAAACUUGCAUCUAAAAUGGGUAUAACCUCUGCAAGAAUUCUACGCCAAGCAGAGGAGUACAUGCGAUUGUCGCUGGUUAGAUGCACAGGACUCAGAAAUACUACGGAUACAAGCAAAGCAAUAAUUUGUCUAGAGCUGGCAGCAACAUCAAUGAAGUUACCCCUGGACAAAGAAUAUACCGUCAAAUUAUCCGGGUUGAACAAGAAGCAGUAUCAAAGCACUCUGAAGGCCAUAGAAUGCAUGCUUGGCCUUGAGUCUCACCUGGGACUCCGAGACCUUGCUGUUCAGUUUGGGUGCAUGGAUGCAGUCAAAGUAGCAACCCAAAUACUAGAACGGUAUAAAGCAAGCCUUCCUGCUGCUCAGCAGAAUGAUGUGGACCUGUCAAAACCACUCUUCACUACAGCUGCUUUGAAUGCUGCAUGCAAAUGCUUGAAGAUCAAAGUGGACAGGAAGCUGGUAGCAUCAUCUGGUGCUAAAAAGGGAGUCUUUGACAGGCUGUGCACCCAGCUCCAGAAACUGGGACAGGACAUCUGCAAAGAAGCCACUCCACUGAAGAAUCCAGUUAAAAUGGCACAGAAAAGACAGAAAACACUCAUGGAAAGUAUUGAACAAAAAGAGGAAGAGGAAGAUCUGCCAAUGUCUCAAAAGCAGCUGAAAGAGGACUCUGAGGAGAGUGCGACAGAGGAUUACAAAGAGUGGAAGCGAAGAAUCUUGGAGAAUGCCCUUAAAGCCAAACAAGCCAAUGCAUGAAAGUUAAUUUGAAAUUCAUUGCUGUUUAUUUAUUACGAAAGAGUGUCAUGGCUGAGCUGACUAAGGGGAAAGGUUCUCACGAGCUUGGGCAUGUGAUCUGUGAAAAUGCUGUAUACAGUGCUGAGUAGUGAGGCUGGAGCUCUCGUUUUCUUUGAAUGUGAACGCUGAUGAGCAGGUACAAAUCUGCUAAGGAAGCACACAGUAGCUCCAUAUCUGAGUUACUUCAGUUUUUGGAGAAGGUUAACUGAAAGGGGUGUUUAUUUUUUAUUAUAUCAUUGUUUAUUGUUUCAACCAUGGUUAUUUUAUGCUAUAAGCAAGCAUGAUACGUUUUCUAUUCCAUACAGUACAUUGACUUGUCUGCCCCUCAGUGGCCGUGUAUGAGAUUUACUCUUAAGAGAAUUCUGCUGUGCUGUUGCUGGUCAAUGUGUUGGAUUUGUACAGUUUUAAGAUGAACAUUCUGUGGUGUUUUUAAAACGGCUAACUACAAUUUCCCUCAUUUUGCAAAAUCACAAUUUAUGGUGGAUUAUAGACAGUCUUACCAGCUGGCAUUAUCAACAGUUUUUAUUUAGACAGACCACAUUGAGUACCACAGUAUGAGUCAAAUGGUUCUAAUUGUUUUUCAUUUUUCCAUCUGGGAUUUUAGAAAUACUUAAUAUAAGUUGUGUGUUUCGUCUAGGUUUACACCGGCGUGACGUUUUCAUAACCGCACAAAUCUCUCUCGGACAAGGUAACAUAUCAAUAAUUAGCAUUGCGAAUUUGAGAAAAUUGAGGCAAAUAUAUUGAUUAAAAUUCACGUUGUCCGAGAGAAUUGCACAGCUAUCAAAAUGGCAUGCGAAGGUAAACCUACACUGAACACAAAAUUAAUUAGAAUUUGUCAAAUUCACGAUGUGAAAAAUGAAUGGCGGGAAAAACCAUUGUAACCAUUUUUGUGUUUAUGGGUGUUGGACUAUUGCCAAUAGUAAAAGUCAGUGUCCUUUUGUGGCUUCACUUAUUUUAAUAAAUUAACAUUUAUAGUCA